CUCGAUUCGCUAAGCCCCAAAUCGCCCCCACCAAAACGGCCUUUCAGUGAAAAUUAAUUCUUUGACCCCUCUGUCCGCCUCGCCGCAGCCGGGUUUUGCUUUGCCAACCAUCCGGACCAUCACCACUUCCGUCCACCACUCCAAGUACCCAUACCGGCAACCCGGACUUCUGCCUCGCGCCCAUACCCCCGGAACCCGCAUAUUUAUCCCGAGUCCAUCGAAAGAGACCGCAACCAUGUCUCGUUUCUUCCGCGGCGGUGACGACAGCUCCACCGACAGCAGCUCCGAGGAGGAGGAGGUCUACACUUCGGAGGAGGAGGAGGAGAAGGUUCAGGCCGAGGACGAGUCUUCGUCUGAGGAGGAGUCUGACGAGGAGGAGAGCGACGAGGAGUCCAGCAGCGACGAGGAAGAAGGCGCCAAGAAGAAGGGUGCCUCCCGUUUCUUGCAGAGCGACGACGAGGAGUCCGAGGAGGAGGAGGACGAGCAGAGCGACGAUGAGGCCACCACCAAGGUCAAGAGCGCCAAGGACAAGCGCUUCGACGAACUCGAGUCCACCAUCAGCCAGAUCCAGAACGGCCAGAAGAUUAACGACUGGAGUCUUAUCGCCACUGAAUUCGACAAGCUCAACCGCCAGGUCGUCAAGCUCCAAGAUGGCAGCAAGGCGCCCAAGUCCUACAUCAAGGCCAUUGCCGACCUUGAGGACUACAUGAACGAGACUCUCGCCAAGCAAAAGGUCACCCCCAAGAAGAUGAACGCGACAAAUGCCCGUGGUCUCAACGCCGUCAAGCAGCGCAUCCGCAAGAACAACAAGGACUACCAGACCCAGAUCGAUGCCUACAGGAAGGAUUCCGACGCUUUCAUGGAGUCGGAUGAUGAGGUUGCCGCGCCCAAGGUUGUUUCCAAGGUCAGGUUCGAGGCUCCCGUCGUCAGCGCCGAGCAGCAGGAGGAGGACGACAAGGGCUUCUCUACGGUCGAUUCGCGCGGCAAGGUCGUUCAGUACACCCCCGAGAGCAUCCUCAAGCACCUCCGCGCCAUCAUCGAGUCUCGCGGCAAGAAGAACACCGACCGCCUCGAGCAGAUUAAGGUUAUGGAGACCCUCAACAAGGUCGUCCCCAUCACUCCUUACCAGAAGAUCCGUGUCCUCCAGACCCUUAUUUCCGCCCGCUUCGAUCUUGGUGCUGGUGGCGCCGCCCAGAUGCCCUUGGACCAGUGGAAGGCCGCUGAGCGUGACCUUGCCUCUCUCUUGGAGAUCCUCGAGAAGGAGAAGGACCACGUUGUUGUUGAGGGCGCUGAGGAGUGGGAUGAUGAUGACCAUCUCCCCACCAUCCCCGAGGGUGAGAAGUACCUCAAGGUCCCCGGCAGCGUUGUCUCGCUCAUUGAGCGUCUCGAUGACGAGCUCACCCGCUCGCUCCAGGCCAUCGAUCCCCACACCUCCGAGUACAUCGACAGGCUGACCGAUGAGGGCUCCCUCUACAACAUCAUCUUCCGUGGUCUUCUUUACUACGAGCACCUCCGCAAGGAUGCUUCCCUCGAGGUCCCCCAGGAGAGCUUGAACCGCAUCAUCCAGAGGCGUUUGGACCAUGUUUACUACAAGCCCGCCCAAGUCGUCAAGAUCCUCGAGGAGAACGCGUGGAAGCAGGUCUCUGCCGAGGCCGAUUCCGAGAUUACCCCCCGCAGCCAGUCCGGCGAUGCUGGCAAGCUCAUCAACAUCCUUUCCAACUACCUGUUCGAGAACAGCGAGGGCAUCAUCCGCGCUCGUGCCAUGCUUUGCCAGAUCUACUUCUUGGCUCUGCACGAUGAGUACUACAAGUCUCGCGACCUGAUGCUCACCUCCCAUCUUCAGGAGACCAUCGCCAACUUCGAUAUCGCCACCCAGAUUCUCUACAACCGCACCCUCGUCCAGGUCGGCCUUUGCGCUUUCCGCAAGGGUCUCGUCUACGACGCCCAGAACACUCUCCAGGAGAUCUGCGGCAGUGGCCGUCAAAAGGAGCUUCUUGCUCAGGGUGUCAUGAUCCAGCGUUACAGCCAGGUCACCCCCGAGCAGGAGCGCCUCGAGAAGCAGCGCCAGCUUCCCUUCCACAUGCACAUCAACCUCGAGCUCCUCGAGUGCGUCUACCUCACCUGCAGCAUGCUCCUCGAGAUUCCUCUGCUCGCUCAGACCGGUUCUUCGCCCGAUGUCAAGAAGAGGAUCAUCAGCAAGACCUACCGCCGUAUGCUCGAGUACCACGAGCGCCAGAUCUUCACCGGUCCCCCGGAGAACACCAGGGAUCACGUCAUGCAGGCCUCCAAGGCCCUUGCUGCUGGUGAGUGGAAGAAGGCCACUGACUUCAUUCACAGCAUCAAGAUCUGGGACUUGAUGCCGAACACCGAGGAUAUCAAGACCAUGCUCGCCAAGCAGAUCCAGGAGGAGGGUCUCCGCACCUACCUCUUCACCUAUGCUCCUUUCUACGACACUCUCGCCAUUGCGACCCUCAGCUCCAUGUUCGAGCUCGACUCUCGCAAGGUCUCUGCUGUCGUCAGCAAGAUGAUCAGCCACGAGGAGCUCGCGGCUGCUCUUGACCAGGUCACCGAGACCGUCAUCUUCCGCAAGGGUGUCGAGCUCAGCCGUCUCCAGAGCUUGGCCCUCACUCUCUCCGACAAGGCCAGCUCCCUCAUCGAGACCAACGAGCGCACGCUCGAGCAGAAGACACAGGGCUCCGCCAACGCCUUCUCCAGGAAGGACAACCGUGGCGGCGGCCAGCGUGGUGGUGGCCAGCGCGGCGGCAGAGGUGGCGCGAGGACGGGCGGCAACCCUCAACGGCAGGCCGGUGGUACACAGUUCACCGGUGGUGCUCUGGGUAAUGCGGUCCGUGGUUAAAGCUCUGUGGAAUAGGGAAAUUGGUGGUUUUCGUUUUGCUAUUGCAUUGGGCUUUGGUGUGUGACUAAAAAGCAAUUCUCCAGGUCUUUUAAUGGUGCUAUCUCCCAUGAAUGUGUUGCCCCAUGGUUAGACCCAGCGAAGUUUAGUCUAGAAUCAUAGGUUCUCUCGGUUUAAUUUGUGUUUUUGGUUUGGGCAUAGCUUCACUCAAAAUUGCGCGUUUGGUCUUUUCUUCAUGAUGUGUCAGUUUAUCAUAUGAAAUUGUCUGGGCAUGAGUGUAUAAUGUACACCAGGUCAACCUGAGUAAUCCU